CAAAAAAACGAGCGAAAACGAAAGAAAGUUGUACACAUUGCGACAUAUUUUUGUGUGGAAUUGUGAAUAUUCAAUUAAUAAGAACUUUAAAAGUGAUCAAAACCUAUUAAUUUACUUACUUACACAUAGUUUACAUAUAAAAUUGUUUUGUAAGUGUCCAAAUUCGAAAGUUAAAUGUUUGUUUUUACAUAGCGUCAUGCCCCCGCGAAUCAGAACGAGAGCUUCAAAAGCUCUCAAAGAAAAUAUUGAUGUUACGGAAACUAAGAAGCUUGUUAAAACUAGUAACAAGGGACCUCGAAAAGCUUUAGCUGACAAAACAAACUCUGCAUCAGAUGAUGGGUCAUUAGAAAUCCCGACGAAAACUAAAAAAACUAACACGAAACCUUUGAAGACAGGUCCAAACAAGAAUGGACAGAAGAAGAGGAUUGAAACGAAACAAAAAGAAAGUGCUGUGCAACCGAAAGAUAAUGUGCCUACAACAAAUGAAGUGCGACCACGUCGUGACAGACGUUUACCAAAUCGGUUUGUCGAAAAUACGAUCUUGAAUAAUUUGUCAAACAGUAAGGAAAGUGCAAAUGUGACACUCGGCAGUCCUUCGACUAAUUUCAAAUCGGACAAUACACCAGUAAAAAUAGACGCUUUAUCAAAGAACGAGGCAGAAACAUCUCCCUUUCAAACUCCAGGUAAAGCUGAAAGUAGUUUACUUGCUAACCGUCCCAGGAGGAUUUGCCGCUUGCCAUCUCGCUUUGAUGAUCAAUUCAUAAGCCCUAACAAGUACAUUCCAAUACAACCAGCAAAUGCCAGUACUCCAAUACAAUUAUCUAAAGCAAAACCAGUUGUGAUAUUAAUUGACAAUAUUAGUAGAGAAAACAUAGAUGAGAUAAAAACUCCUGAUAAAAAACCUGUAAGUAAAGCUAGGCCCACUAGAUCUGCAAAAAACACUCAACAAAAGGUAUCUACUGAACAAAAACCAGCUAAAAGUAGCCCAGAUACUAACAAUAAUCCUAAAACUAGAUCAACUAGAAGAAAAGUUGCUAAAACUCAACCUAGUAUUGAAAAGGAGCAAAAUAAUCCUUCUAAAAAGGUUAAUAAAACUCAACAAUCAACCACUAAAAAUGAAUCCCCACUUAAAAAGAGUCCUACAAAUGUAAAUCAAAGCAUAGUGAACUCUAAUGCAUCUUCUAUAAGGAAAUUCUUAACACCUAUGGCAAAGUUCCCAAUAUUACCUAGUAAAAGUAUAUCAUCCAAAAAGAAAUUAAGUCCUAAAAAGCCUUCUAAGGCAAGCCAAAAUGUAUCAUUCAAAUUGCUAGGAAGCAAGAAAAGUGGUGAACAGCAUGACAAUGAAAAUGAAAAUGAUGGUGACAUUUACGAAUUUACAUUUGACCCUGACGAAGAACCUAAACCUCAAAAGAAAAAACGAAAAAAGGUUGUAACAAAGAAACCUCCCACUGUUGUUGCACCUAAACCGAAAAAGGUAAUAUACAAGAGCAGUUAUGAUCAGAACAUUUCAAAAGCUCUGGCAGCAUUAAAAAAUGCUGUCAACCCUUCAAAAACUACAGAAACUAAUAAUCUACCACAGAUAACUGAGAAUAGUGGUGAAAUUGCUGAGGAAAAUCAUGUACAAAAUCAUGUUGCUAAUAUUGAAAAACAAGUACAAAUAAACAAUGUAACGAAAGAAAAUAAUCCUUUAAAUGAUACUGGCAAAGCUUCUGAACAUGGGUUUAAUUACCCAUCAAUAAGGGUGGAAGACAUUGCUGCUGAUAUAGAACCAAGCAUGGAUCAUCAUCACCAUGAUGAUUUAAAUUACUCACCUGUAAAUUCACCAAGACCAAUCAAUGGCAUAAGUACUCCUAAUGCUUCUGCUAACCCUAGAGCAACACUAGAAAGAUCUUCACACAAUGAUCCUCUCAACUUGGCAGAAGAACUCAGUUUCUUUGAUGAACAGCCUGUAGCUAGCAGCAGCAUGAAUAUGUCCGUCCGCCAUCCAAUGGCUAGUCCAUGGAGAGUCGAAUUUGGAAGUCUACCCAUAAAAUGGCGAGUAAAUGCUUAUGUUAAACCUAACAUGACACCAGCAGUGGAAACUUCCUUUAUUAACCCGGAUGAUUCUAUGAAAAAGAAACAUGUGUAUACUAAUUUAUUAUCAGAAGCAAAUGAUGAACCAGAAACAGUUGAAACUGCACAGAAUCUGAAACAACCUAGUAUAAUUUCAUUUAUAAAAGAGAUGGCUGAAAAAAGUGCUAGAAAGAAACGGGGGAGAUCCAAAUCUGUGUCUCCAACAAGAGCUGCUUUAAAAGAGAACGUUAAUAGAAAUGAAAAUGUGAAUAAGAGACCUACAAGGAUAGAAGAUGGAGUAAAUAAUGAUGCUUCUGGACAAAGCAAUAACACUUCUGAGGAGGUAUCAUGUGGAAAUGACAUAUCUCAUGAUAAAGAAAACUCAAGAGAAGAGAAGAGACCUAAAAAACGCAAGAAUAAUGAGAACAUAUGUAGUCUACCAGCAAAAUCUCCUAGAAAGCAAAAAGAUAAGGACUGCACAUUCUUUGGUUUUGAUGAUAGUGAAAAUCAGGAUGAGAAUGAGUCUCCAGUGAAGGUUGCUCCUAGAGGUAGAUCUUUGAGGGCUAGGACAAAGACUGUACUGAAAGAAAUCAACGGGCCAUUAAGAGCUGAAUUACCAGUUGCAGCGAAGACUAAGAUAGCUACAAGCUCUGAAGCAGUGAACAGAGUAUAUGAGGAGAUGAAAUCUGCUGCAGAUGCACCGGUGUUCCCUGAAAAGGAUGUGGAGGCCAAUGAAACAAAUGUUGAGGAGCCAGUGAUGAAUGAUGACUCACAGUCUGUACAUUUGUUUGAGGAUAUAGAAGUUGUACAUCAUUUGAAGCCACAGCGCAAGAGUUAUGGAAAGUCCAAGAAAGUAACAUUCCGGCAACCGUCUAAUUCAGACAGUGAUACUCAAAUGUCAGCUGCGGUUGAUUCUAAUGAUUCAGAUUAUGAUGACCUUGGAGACCUGACCUUUGAAAUUGCGAAUGUGGAACAAAAGAAGAAAGUUAUUAAAAAGAAAAAGCCUAAAGGGCUGAUGUCUAAGAAAGAGGAAAAGGAAGCAGAGGAAUGGGCUGCAAAAUUCAAUUCAAUGUGUGAAGACAUAGAGAAGUUCCCUCUCCUUGUCGAGUGAAAUCACCACCUAUUAAUCAUGACAUUAUUUUAAUUUUCAAAUUAUGUAAAUUAAUCGUAAUAUUUAACUUUUAAAUACUCAUUUCUUGAGGAGAAAGUGCAAUUUUCGCACACCUACUUACAAAUUAUAAUGAUAUCUCGAUUUAACAAUAAUGAAAAGGCAUUUUUUUUACAAUAUUAAAUUAGUGUCUUGUAAUAUUAUAAUUCUUUGUUCUUUUUGUAAAUAAUCUGAAUUUAAUUUAUAACAUAGUUCUAAUAUUAAUUUUAAUUAUAAAUAUACAAGUACCUCAAAAGGAAAAAUACUUUUCGUAAUCUAAUCAAGUUGCAAUUGUGGCCAUUGGUGUAUUUGCCAUUUUAUUUUAUCGAGUUUGACUACAACAUGACAUUUUUUGUAGAUUUUAAGUUUUAAUUAGAAUAUUGUUUUAAUUUAUACACAUUAUGAUUGGCAAUGCUCGUGAC